AUGGGCAAAAUUCAACCAGUUUUGCUGACCCUGCCGAAGACAUCGCUCCUCUACAAGGACAUCUCGAAGACGGUUGCAAAGUUUGCCCUCGAGCAUGUCAGCAUGUUCAAUCCACCUGAAUUGAUCGCCCAGUUACGCGCCUAUCAGUCGAAAGUGACCGUCAAUGAGCGCGAUGAUCUCAGCGAACCAGCAACUUACGUAACUCGGUGA